AUGCCCCAGUUCUCCAAGGAGAAGUACCUGCUGGAGUCUGCACCAGAGAAACUACACACGGAGCUGGAGGAGGAGCUGAAACUCUGCAGCAGCGAUAUCAGGAGCCAUGGCUGGUACCAUGGACACAUCCCACGAGAGGUGUCGGAGACGGUGGUGCUGCGAAACGGGGAUUUCCUGAUCCGUGAUUCGCUGAUAAACGUGGGCGACUAUGUCCUGACGACCAGGUGGAACUACGAGGUUCUGCACAUCAAGAUCACCAAGGUCCUGGUCAAGUCCACCACUGAGUCUAAGGUCCAGUACCUGUUAGAGAAAGACAGUUUCGACUCUAUACCUGAGCUGAAGAGGUACUACGUGGCCGGACGGCGACCUGUCUCCCAGCCCAGCGGAGCCCUGAUCUACUGUCCAAUCAUACGCACCCUCCCCUUGCGUUACCUGGAAGCAACGUUUGCCUUAGCCAAUAGCAGACAUGGCCUAGCCCACUCACCAUCCAGUCAGAAAGGAGCGUACAUCAAGAGGCGGAGCGUGACCAUGAACGACGGAUUGACCACGGACAAGCUGAUACCUCACAGCUCCUCUACUAUUCACAACCACAAAGACGCCAUGAGGAACUGUGCUCUGAGUAUGGACCUCAUCCAGGAGCAUCGCCGUCCUCCUUUAGGGGAGACACCUCUCUCCCCAGCCUACAGCCACAUCCACAGACACAGAACCCAGUCAGGGGUUAGAGUUCUGGCUGUGGUGCCCCCCUCGCCAGUCCUGAGACACUCCAGCGACCCCCAGCUCAGCCCUGGCUCCAACAACAACCUACCCGACAUGCUAGCAGCCAGCUCCCACUCCACCCCGGCCCACUGCUCCUACAAAACCCCAGCAGAUGGCUCCGAGACGGGGAGCAGCUACUGCAACUUACGGCCCACCCCGGCCCUCUGUCCUAAGGCUUCCUGUGCCGCCGGCAUGCCCCCCACACCUCCCACUAAGAGCUACGUGGAGAGGCUGCGUGUGGAGGAGGGCCGAGGGCCUGCCCCAGGGAGGGAGGAUGGGGCUGGAGAAGAGGCGUUCAUUGCCCCCCUGGUGGAGACAGCCUCCUCCUUCAGACCAGGGAUGUACCUCUCGCACCUGAUGCCCCAGGAGAACAAGCCCUUAGAGAUGAGCAUUCUGAAGAGGGUUAAAGAGCUUCUGGCGGAGGUGGAUGUUAGGACGGCUGCUAGACACAUCACCAUGGCUGACUGCACGGUUGCUAGGAUACUGGGUGUUACCGAGGAGAUGCAGAGGAUGAUGGGAGUGGGCUCAGGACUGGAGUUGUUGACUCUUCCUCACGGACACCAGCUGAGACUGGACCUACUGGAGCGGUUCUAUACUAUGUCUAUAAUGACCGCUGUGGACCUGCUGGGCUGUACAGGCAGUAAAGAGGAGAGGGCUGCUCUGCUCCAUAAAACCAUCCAGCUGGCUGCUGAACUCAAGAGCAACCUGGGGAACAUGUUUGGCUUCGCUGCUGUGAUGAGAGCACUGGAGCUACCACAGAUCUCUCGUCUGGAGCAGACGUGGAUGACUUUACGUCAGAGACACACAGAGGGAGCCAUCCUCUAUGAGAAGAAGCUCAAGCCAUUCAUGAAGAACAUGAACGAUGGCAAAGAGAGCACUGUGUUGUCCAACACCUCCUUCCCUCAUGUGGUUCCUCUGCUGUCUCUGCUGGAGAGGAGUGUGGCCGUGGGGGAAGGGCCAGGGGCGGGGAUAGAAUCCUGGGAGAAAGUGGAGGCGGGGGUUGACGUGGUGAUGUCACACCUGGAGGCUGCCCGGACCAUCGCUCACCAUGGGGGGCUGUACCGCACCAACGCUGAGACCAAACUACAGGGCUUCCAGGAGAGGGAGGAGGUUCUGGAGAUCUUCCGGACAGAGUUCCAGAUGAGGUUGCUAUGGGGAAGUCGGGGGUCGGAGGGCAGCCAAUCAGAGCGCUAUGAGAAGUUUGACAAAGUCCUGACCGCUCUGUCUCACAAGCUGGAACCUCUUGUACGCCACAGUGAACUAUAGCACCCAUCUCACCGAACACCCCUAUACACAGCACUCACAGUGGUAUGGCCCGUCUCCCCACACUGCUGCUGGAUGAAUCCAAUGUGAGGGGAGGAAGCAGCUAACGGAGACAAGAGAAUAGACUGAGAGAGGACAAGGGUACGCUAGGAGAGAAGGAGCGUCUCACUGUAUAUCCCCAUAAAAGUCAUAAAGGGCUUUUUCAGAGCUCUUAAACAGUGUGGGAAGUUACAUAUUCUGCCUAUCUUCGAAGUACAGAUAAUUGUAUGGUGUGCGCUUAGGGUCAAACAGCACAGGGGAGGGAGUAUAGGGAAGACAAAGCUCUGAUUUGUCUAAAACCUCCCUCACUAGUACUGUCACAACUCUGUAGUAUCACCAACUUAAAGAGACAGUAAUAUUUAAAACAAUGUUUGUGCUCUUCAGGACACCUGUAUAAUAGAUAUAAAACUAUCUGUAUCUAUGACCUGUGUCACCAGACCUCAGCUUCAGACUGAGAGGUAGUGUGUUCUGGAAUCUGUUGUUCUUGUAUAGACUCUCUGCAUAUCUGCCAUUCAUUCCAUAUUCCAUCACGUCCCCUGCUGAUGACACCUGCAGUGUGCUCAUACAGCUGGUCUCUUAUCGGUCUGUUUUGAACAAGUCAUAAUAUAUGUUAUGUUUCCAAACCACACCAGCUGUCUGAGGCGUACUGUGCUCUGCCUAAAAGCAUUUUCUCUCUGUGAACUUUGUUUGUGUGCUGUUCAGUGGCAGUUAUCUUAUAUGAGGGCUCUUCUGAGAAGCAUUCACCCCCCCUCUUCUUUUCUCCGUUUCUGGCAUGUCAUAAAUGUUUCUCAAAUCAAAUCAAAACAAAAUCAAAUUGUAUUGGUCACAUGCACAUAUUGGGCAGAUGUUAUUGCGGGUGUAGCGAAAUUCU